UGUGUGUGUGAGUGUGACUAAGUCUAAGCGUAUGGGGAGAGGAGAGGGUAGGCGAAGAAUAGCUCCUGAUACUGAGAGAGACAAUAAGAGAUAGAAGUAGAAAGAGAGAGAGAUAGAGAGAGAGGAAAGACAGUAUAGGAGAGAGAAACCGUGAGGAAGUGAAGACAAAAAGCAAGAUAAUAAAAGAUAAGGAAGGAAAGCAGAAGGCAGAGCUGGUGUAUAGUCCGCUGAAUUACUUUUUAGACUUCUGAUAAGCACAGCUGCAGACUCAUCCGUCCUCCCGUGAUCUGAGACAGUGGUGCUGAUGGGGGAUGAGAGCGUGGUCCCGAGGCCUCGGGGGUGGGCUCCGGCUGUGUGUGCGGUGGGUUUGAGUCUCACAGCUCUGGCGCUGGUCAGCCUGGUGGACCCCAGCUCUAUUAGAGGAGCGUGUGAACUGGCUGCGCUGUCUCUGAGUCUGGGCGCUCUGCUGCACAGCCUGUGUCUGCUUACAGAGGAGUGGCUGUUCCAUUCACAACAAAGGUAUGGUGGGAGCUUCAAGCGGAUUCUUCAGGCCUGUUUCAGCAGGGCUAAUGUUGGUGGUGUGUGUGUGGUGUUUCUGAUGCUGCUGAUGGGAGGCUUCAGUUACUCACCUCAGCAAUGGGCUUUGGUGGUCCUAACCAGCUCUUUAUACACUCUGUUCAAGACCAUCGGAGUGCUGGGUCCUGCUCCAGUGGAGAUUUCUGAGGUGUCUGAGAGCAGGAAGAUGGAUGUGGCUCAUGGCCUGGCCUGGUCCAUCUACCUGGGCUACCUGAAGCUUGUGCUGCCAGAGCUGGAGGGGCAGGUGAAGAAGCACUGUAACGAGACCAGAGAGGUGCUGAACUCCGCCCGGCUCCACAUCCUGCUGCCUCUGAGUGCAGCAGCUACAGCCAGGCUGGAGGAGGUGGACCGUAAUGUGCAGUACCACAAAAACCUGCCUGACCUGCAGCUGGACCGGGCUGGGGUCAGAGGCAGAGUCUACAAACACAGCAUCUACAAAAUCACCGACCAGAACCAAAAGGAUUAUUACUGUGUGGCGGAGUACGCCACCCCUCUGCUGACUCUGUAUCAGAUGUCUCAGGAUGGCAUUGCAGGGUUCAGUGCAUGGGACAGGAGGCAGCAGGUCCUGCUCUUCUACAACACCCUCACUCACAUCCUGGAGAGUUCUCUAGAGUGCCGCAACCGCUAUCGCCUCAUUCUCCUGGAAGAUGAUCAGGCUGCUGAACCUCAUUACCUGUCCCAGGAGCUCAUCAAAAACCUGCAGCAGGAGGAGCACGAGAUCCCCAUGGAACAGGGGCGUGAAUUCCCCCGUCCCGUGGCAGAAGUGGGGCUGAAGAGAGCUCCCGUUCAGCACAACGGUGUUCAGGAGCAGCCGGCCUGCUCCAUGCCCAGCCUGGAGAUCAGCGGCCCCAUGUCCCUGAGGUCUUUGCCUGAAGAGAACACAGACUACACCCAUCACUGAAACAACACAGGCAGAUAGAGCUGCUCUCAGCACAGUUUACUGCUACCAAAAAAAGACAUACAAUUGUAGAAAUGGGGAAUGUUCUCUAGUUCUGAUUUAAAAAUCGACAACAAUUGUUGAGCUGUUGAUUAAAAUUCUGUAACAACA